AUGUGGAAACAGGACCUUGGUCAGUGGGUUGAGCGCAAAGGGCGCCGUGGCUGGCUGAAACAGCAGCCAAUACAGCAGCAGUCGCAGCAACCCGCUGCAUCGGUGCGUCCAGCUGCGCAUGUGGGAUUUGUUCCGGAGGGGUUUGAAGACCGCUACGAAGCCGCUACUGCAAUACCGGACAUUGCUUCCCCUGGUGUCAUUCCCAGGGACACGCGCGAGAGCCCAUCAUAUGAGGGGCAACGCUGGAUUGCCAUCUACGGCGCCUCCGCUGGUAGCAUUAUGGAUGUGAGGGAGUACCUUGAUGUCAUGUUUGGCCGUACGGUGGAGCACCGCUGCCCCGCCGAGCUGCGAGAGGCGCCGAAUAGCCAACCGCUUGUUAUAAGCGGUAGCCAAAAUUGGUUUUACGUGAAGUUUGAAGACCCUGUGGCGGCAGCACGAGCGGUGCAUCAAAGCCCCCUUACCAUUCCAAUUGCUAGCAGCUACAGCAUCACUGCUGUGAGAGCUGAAAGCGCAGCUAGAGGGGCGGUAGCAGCAGCAGCAGCAGGGAGGAGAGGUAAUGGAUUGCCCGGAGAGGAAACUGUUGGGGUGGCGUGGUGCACCGAUGAGGCGUUCCUGCAGGAAGAUGCACGGGAGGAACGGGAGUUGCACCAGCGACGCAUGUUCACGGGCGGGACGACCGGUAGCAGCAACAGUAGUCCUAUGAAGGGUGCGCAGGGUAUUCAAAACACAUCUGGUGCGAUGCCGUACGGUGCGGAUCGGCUGCAACACACGCCGGCCCCCGCGGCACAGAGUGAGGUGGGGUCUGCGCGGGCCUCGCGUGGGCUGGGCAGCGUUCUGCGUGACGCUCUCGCCUCGCCAUGGAGCGCACGGUGGACUGCGGCGCCCUCCACCGGCGACGCCUCGCCACCGUCUGCGGCGGCCACGAGGAUCGGUACUUCUGCCGGUGGCGGCUCCUCGUCAUCGCCGGCCCGCACAGAAGUCUUUCACGACAAUGACGGAAGUCCCAGCGGCAACGGCCGCCAGCCGGACCGCGGCAGCUGUGAGGCCCCCAACGGUCAAUGCCAUAAAGACGCAGCUGCCACGGCGGUGGGGAAUGUGGUGGUGCCGUCGUUUCUCCUGUCUCGUGGUCACCACCACUUCCACCACAAGAACGCCGCGCGGCAUGUCAACAGCGGCAUCCCUGUGCGUCCACUUUCCGGUAAUGCGUCCGUCCUCAGUGUGUUCCGCGCCGACGCGUCACAACGCGGUUUGCUGCAGCGUGCGCUUCUUGCCAUUAAGCACCUACCAGCUCGCGUCUCCUGUCUUCUGGCAUCAUCUUCGUUGCAUGGCGCACAACUUGAGGAAGCGGCGGCUGCGGAUGACGACAGCACGUGGCGCUCCGUCUUUGGUGGAUAUAGCCUGGAUCGGCGGUACGAGCGACAGCAGUACAUGCUCCGCCGGCGCCAUUACAACACCGCAACACGUUUUCGUUCAGCAAACGGUGGAUACGGCGAAGAAGCUGCACUUGCCUCGUGGGGGCCAUCCCGGUGGUAUGAAAGCAGCACUGUUCUCUCUUUGCUCGUCCUUUUCACACUUCUCGUGCUCGUUUCUGGCCUCAGUGGCAGCAACAGCACGAGCAUCACCAAAAUGGAUGUUAAGGACACAGACCGUUGGGGAAGCGGCGCGGCGGCAGGUCCCGUCACUAGCACAGAGACACAGAGUGGCGAAAAGACAGGUGUCCCGCGUGGGCCCGUGGGACAGCUACAGGGAACCAUUUUUGCGGAUUGA